AGUUCGGCCAUUUUGUUUUGGCGAGGUCUUUCAAAAUUGGAAGAAAUUUAGCUACAUGUCUUGGUAGUAGACUGCAGAUUUCAUUCAUCAAACAAACUCGUUUAGGUUGUAACUAAACAGCCUUUUUUGACCUCAAAACAACAAGUGCGUGGCGAUCGGGUAUAGGAAGAAAAAAAAACAAGUUUGAAAACAUUACAGAGUGGAGUAAAACUUGAAGAAUCAUGGCCACUGCAACCCCAAGCCGCGCCGCGCCUGCUGGAACCCCGCUCUCCCCGACUAGGAUAUCGCGCCUCCAGGAAAAACAAGACCUGCAACAUUUGAACGACAGGCUUGCCGUUUACAUCGACCGAGUCCGAUCACUAGAGCUAGAAAAUGACCGGCUCAUGGUUAAGGUCUCUGAAAAGGAAUCAGUCACUACACGCGAGGUGACUGGGAUUAAGACCCUGUACGAGGCAGAGCUAGCGGAUGCGCGGCGUGUUUUGGAUGAGACGGCCAGGGAGAGGGCCAGGCUUCAGAUAGACCUGGGCAAGGCCAACUCUGAUGUGGAGGAGGUGACCAGGAAUCUGAAAAAGAAAGAUGGCGACCUGGCUCUUGCCAUGGCUCGGGCCAAGGACCUUGAGGCCCAGUUCAACAAGAGUGAAGCAAACCUGGCCACGGCCCUCAGUGAGAAUGGAAACCUGUCUGCGGAGGUUGCCGACCUGAAGGCCCAGUUAGCCAAGGCUGAAGAUGCCCAUUCUGUAGCUAAGAAGCAGCUGGAGACCGAGACUCUGAUGAGAGUGGAUCUGGAGAACCGCUGCCAGAGCCUGACGGAGGAGCUGCAGUUCAGGAAGAGCAUGUUUGACGAGGAGGUACGUGAAACACGUCGACGUCGCGAGAAGCGUACCGUGGAGGUGGACAGUGGGGUGACCCAGGACUACACGUUCCAACUGGCUCAGGCUCUGCAGGACCUGCGCAGGCAGCAUGAGGAACAAGUCACCAUCUACAAGGAGGAGCUGGGCAACACCUUCCAGGCCAAGCUGGAUAAUGCCAAGGUGUCGUCUGAGCUGAAUGACAAGGCGGUGAGCACAGCUCGGGAGGAACUGCAGGAGGCUCAUAUGAGGAUCGAGAGCCUGGCCUACCAGCUCUCUGCCCUGCAGAAACAGGCCUCUGCCAAUGAGGAGCGUGUGCGUGAGCUUGAGGACCUGAUGGCUGGAGAGAGGGACAAGCACCGCAGGCAGAUGGACCUGAAGGAGAGGGAGAUGGCUGAGAUGAGGGAGCGUAUGCAGCAGCAGCUGAACGAGUACCAGGAGCUGUUGGACGUCAAACUGGCCCUGGACAUGGAGAUCAACGCUUACAGGAAACUGCUGGAGGGAGAGGAGGACAGACUGAAGCUGUCCCCCACCCCGUCCGGCCGUGUGACAGUGUCCCGCGCCAUGGGCACAAGCUCUUCCCGCUCCUCCUGGGCCAAGAGGAAGCGCGUGGAGCUGCAGGAAGAGUCAGUGGUCGUUCCUCAGGUCCACAUCAACCAGGAGGCAGAGGCCAUCGGCAGCGUCACCAUCGAGGAGACUGACCUGGAGGGCAAGUGUGUCACCCUCAAGAACGACUCAGACAAGGACCAGUCUCUAGGUAGCUGGAGGCUGCAGAGGCAGAUUGGAGAAGGAGAGGAGAUCACCUACAAGUUCUCCCCCAAGUUUGUCCUCAAGGCUGGCAAGACUGUCACGGUGUGGGGCUCAGACGCAGGUGUGUCUCACAGCCCACCCUCUGACCUGCUGUGGAAGAGCCAGGCCUCCUGGGGCACCGGGGACGACAUCACCACCAUCCUUGUGAACUCUGACGGAGAGGAGGUGGCUAAGAGAACCGUCACCAAGACGUUGAUGGAGGUGGAGAAUGGAGAUGAUGACGAUGACUUCGAGGAGGAGGAACUGAGAGGAGAAAAGGCCUCUUCCAGGGAAUGUUCAAUCAUGUGAAGAAGUUCCCAUAGUUUGUUCUCCUACAAAAUCUGCUUCUUUUUCUAGAGCCACUCAAAUCUUUUUGUAUAAUUCUGUGUUGUGUUUUUAAUAAUUUUUUUUAUAUUAUAAGACAAUUUUAAGAGCCUGCCCAUAUUUUUAACACUCCGCUUUUAACAUCCAAGUAAUCAUGACAACAACAAAAAAUGCAUUGAGUUUAGGACUGAAUUCACUAAGUUAGUUACACCCCCCUUCCACCCCAAUUUUGUUGAGUCAGACAGCUGGAAGUCUUCUGGAUUUAAAGAAUAAUGAUUGGUCGUUUACCACAUGAUCCCACAUUCCACUGAAUCUACAUGAAUCAAUGAGAGUAGCCCUCGGGACUGGAGGACACUGGCAUUAGGCUUGCUGUUGUCCUGUCAGAAAGGACUUCACUGUGUGCAUGGGAUACGUUUUAACCCUAGACACGUCUGUUGAGAAAAAGCUGGACCUAAACCUAACCAAUUGUCUGUUAAAAAAAAAAAAAAAAUGCAUUGUAGAAUGUUUUUGGGAGGCAUAGUUAUCUGUGGUGGCAUUUGAAUCGAUUGCUCAUUCGAUGAACUUGUCACGAUCGAGGCAGCAGGGCGAAAAGGAGUUUGGGGGAGAAUGGUCAGCCUGGAAUCCAUUGCACACUGAAUAUCGCUCCUUUUCAAUGUUUAAUUUCACAACAUGAUCCUCUAGCUCAGUUGGUAGAGCAUGGCACUUGCAAAGCUUUCUGGGACCACCUGUACGUAGAAAAUGUAUGCAUGCAUGACUAAGUCGCUUUGGAUUAAAGUCUGCUAAAUGGCAUUUUAUUAUUAUGAAACUGAGCACUGUUCAGUGUGGUUUCCAUUACAGGCUCGAGCAUAUUGGCAGAGUGGAUGUGAUCUUUGGUUCCUUAAAUGUGUAGUAGAUUGUAACUGACAGCUGUCGCUUAGCUCAUGUACUGGCUUUAGUCUGGCAAAUCACAGCAACAGGAUGGAAAUGCUAGGAUUACGUAUUCUACUAAAUGGAUUGGUAUAUUUUAAAAUGCAUUCAUGCCUACAAUUUUAUAAUUGGAAAUGUUUCAAAUUUUCAACGAAAUGUAUAUUUUUUAACGUAAUGAAAUAUAGAUUUAGACUUUGCUCUUUCUCACAAUAGUACUUUUAUGGUUUGGAGAGAAUUACAUCAGAUGGCGACUUAAUGAGGCCAAAGAUGAGUUACGAUAGAACAUGGCAUGCAAUCAUGCCAAGCUUGUGUUUUAAAACGCCACUCUUUAUCCUAUAAAGCAGCGUUUCCCAACUCCAGUCCUUCGAGUACCCCCCCCCCCCCCCCCCCCAACAGCAAAAAAAAAAAGUGUUUUUCCUCCAGACAAACUCACCUGAUUCAACUCAUUGAGGGCUUGAUGAUUAGUUGAUGUUCAAUCAGGUGUGUACUGGUAUAAACAGUGACUGAACGUUUCCAACCUGUUGUCUUAUUCUGAUGCUGUUGACAUGAUAAAUCAUGAAUUUUGUAUCUUUUUGAAAAUUAUGUUUCUCAAGACAAGUAGACUGUAAGAACUACAGUGUGCAUAUUUUAAAUGCAACUAAGAUUUAAUGGUAGGGUUUCUGUUUUAAAACUAAACCAGAUGUAACUUUUCUACCUUUUGCACCUACUUGAAUGUAUGGUCGUGCCUAGAAUGAACGGUAGUCGUGCUACUUCAAGUCAGCAAUAUGAGAUGCAAUUGGUGAGAAUCUGCCUUUUUUUUCCUCAUGAAGAUCGGGUGCAGUUAGGAUUUUCAAAAUAGAAUUGAAAAAGAUUCUAAUGGCAAUAUGCUUGGAUGCGUGGAGAGGAUCUGUUUUCUCGACUCUCGUCCCACACAACUACUUGUUGUAGACAAGUUAAAGGGAUAGUAACCCAAAAUUACAUACAGUUCCUUGUCCAUAGACUGCUUACAGGGUAAGGAAACGAAUAUGUAAUUUUGUCAUUUUGAGUGACACCCUUUUUAUUUUUUUUAUAAAGACCUCAGGAUUUGAACACUUAUAAACCUCGUUGAUUUUCCGUUCUUCGUGGCUGGCUGUGCUACAGCAUCUCAGCGGUUGAAGUAGUUAUACUACCCAAGCAGUGUUAUCUCUUAACAUGGCUUUGAAAUUGGAAGGAAGGAGCAAUUGGAUUAUUGAUUUUUUUUUUUUUACUUGAUCAAUAGUCGUGACUAUAACAAAUAAAAAGAGAUGCAAUGUU